UAAUUAAAUUUUAAAAAUACUUUAAAUACAAAAGGUGCAAAUAAAAUAAUCGUCAAAAUAAAUUUUAACUAAUUUAUGUUAAUACGAAGAGAAAAUUAUGUGUCCGAAGAAAACUGAAGAUUUAUUCAAAAUUAUCAUCAACCUAAACUGCAAAUACUCUAGUAAGAAGUUAAAACAUUUCAUUUAAUUGAUAUACUUUGAAAUGCAUUUGAAAGUCAACACAUUCUUAUUUUUAAAACAAAAAUAAUUGUUUUUAUCAGAAAAGUAUUGUGGCUAGAUUAAAAUAGAAUAAAAACAUUUUCUUCAAAUAUGGAUACAGUAGAAUGCAAUACUUGUGGCAGAGAAUUUAAAGGACAACGUGGAUUAUCAAUCCAUAAAGCAAAAAGUAGUUGUGGAUAUUCAACAAAUAGUUAUUGUAGUUCAGUUUCGCGUUAUUCAACUUUAUCAAAUGUAGAAAUGGCAGAAUGUAAUACUUGUGGCAGAGAAUUUAAAGGACAGCUUGGCUUAUCUAUUCAUAAAGCAAAAAGUAGCUGUGGGUCUUCAUCGAACAGUAGUUGCAGUUCGUCAGCAUAUUCGUCUAUGUCAAGUGCUAGUAUAAUAUCAUGUAGUACCUGUGGAAAGGAAUGCAAAGGACAACGUGGAUUAGCUAUUCAUAAAGCAAAAAGUAGCUGUGGGUCUUCAUCGAACAGUAGUUGCAGUUCGUCAGCAUAUUCGUCUAUGUCAAGUGCUAGUAUAAUAUCAUGUAGUACCUGUGGAAAGGAAUGCAAAGGACAGCUUGGCUUAUCCAUUCAUAAAGCAAAAAGUAGCUGUGGGUCUUCAUCGAACAGUAGUUGCAGUUCGUCAGCAUAUUCGUCUAUGUCAAGUGCUAGUAUAAUAUCAUGUAGUACCUGUGGAAAGGAAUGCAAAGGACAGCUUGGCUUAUCCAUUCAUAAAGCAAAAAGUAGCUGUGGGUCUUCAUCGAACAGUAGUUGCAGUUCGUCAGCAUAUUCGUCUAUGUCAAGUGCUAGUAUAAUAUCAUGUAGUACCUGUGGAAAGGAAUGCAAAGGACAGCUUGGCUUAUCCAUUCAUAAAGCAAAAAGUAGCUGUGGGUCUUCAUCGAACAGUAGUUGCAGUUCGUCAGCAUAUUCGUCUAUGUCAAGUGCUAGUAUAAUAUCAUGUAGUACCUGUGGAAAGGAAUGCAAAGGACAGCUUGGCUUAUCCAUUCAUAAAGCAAAAAGUAGCUGUGGGUCUUCAUCGAACAGUAGUUGCAGUUCGUCAGCAUAUUCGUCUAUGUCAAGUGCUAGUAUAAUAUCAUGUAGUACCUGUGGAAAGGAAUGCAAAGGACAGCUUGGCUUAUCCAUUCAUAAAGCAAAAAGUAGCUGUGGGUCUUCAUCGAACAGUAGUUGCAGUUCGUCAGCAUAUUCGUCUAUGUCAAGUGCUAGUAUAAUAUCAUGUAGUACCUGUGGAAAGGAAUGCAAAGGACAGCUUGGCUUAUCCAUUCAUAAAGCAAAAAGUAGCUGUGGGUCUUCAUCGAACAGUAGUUGCAGUUCGUCAGCAUAUUCGUCUAUGUCAAGUGCUAGUAUAAUAUCAUGUAGUACCUGUGGAAAGGAAUGCAAAGGACAGCUUGGCUUAUCCAUUCAUAAAGCAAAAAGUAGCUGUGGGUCUUCAUCGAACAGUAGUUGCAGUUCGUCAGCAUAUUCGUCUAUGUCAAGUGCUAGUAUAAUAUCAUGUAGUACCUGUGGAAAGGAAUGCAAAGGACAGCUUGGCUUAUCCAUUCAUAAAGCAAAAAGUAGCUGUGGGUCUUCAUCGAACAGUAGUAGCAGUUCGUCAUCAGAAUAUUCGUCUAUGCCAAGUAGUAAUACUUCUAGAAAUGAACUUAAAAGAAACGCUAAUCUUCCUUAUCACAGAACAAAGAACUUUACAGGAUAUUCUUCGCCGCAUUUUCCUGGAACUUCAUCAGAAUCAUUGUCGAUAAUAUCAGAGUUAGAUAAUAAUUGGGAAGAACCAUUCGAAGAUGAAGAUUUAACUAUUUCCAAAAUACCUGAAUGUGACAAAACUAAUCAGAGCUGCAAUGAAAAGAGUUUCGACCUAUUUAAAGCAUGGUUAAAUGAUUUGGAAAAACCAGAUCUUAAUGUUCAUUCUGACCUUCCUAUUUACAAUCCAAAAAUGACCCUUCUCUAUCUUCCAACUCCUCGACCUUUAAUUACUAAAAGUUCGUAG